AUUGUAAUUUGCACAACAGAAUUAAUUUUCAAGUUGGGUUUGUUACCUAUUCUAUGACAGAUAAAUUACUAGUAAGAAAAUCGGAAAAGGUAAAAGAAACAGACCUUUCAUCAGCACGUAUAAGCGACAUCUAGAAGACAAAGAACAGAAUUACCGAUAUUGGACCAGUUAUCCAUGUCAUGUGUUUAUACUUGUUGCUGUUUCCAAGUUCUUAAAAUGACAUACUUUUAUAUUUUUCAUAAAGCCACUAGUUUUGAACAAUGUAUUUCAGCUUAGAAACCAAGCGUACAAGUAACAUGAGCAUGAUGGAAUUCGAAACGAGAAAAAAGGAGGAUACAAAGCAACAUUUAUAGAUAGGGGAAUCCCUUGUUUAUAUCCUAAAAUUUUAUGUAUACUGAUCUGAACCUGAACCAAUUGGAGGAGCAAUAACUAUAUCUAUAGUGCCAAGAUGACUGUAGACAUGCAGAAAUACACGGAGCUACUCCAAGAUUUUAGUGCAAUUUCGCAAGCUUACAUUAAUCAGGAGACUCUUGACAAGCUGAAAGCAAGAUACAAAGAAACAAUAAACUCUAAGAGAGUAUUAGAAAAUAUAGUGAACAUAGAUAGUUUAUUAAAAGUGUUGGAAAAACGUGGAGUUUUACAAUACAAUGAAAUCAGUGUUUUACAUCAGAUAGCUGAGAUUGUACAAAAUUCAUCUAUUGAUGAUUUAAUUGUAAAUUAUGAACACUGGUCGACUGAAAAUUUUACGACCGAAAUAAAUGAUUUAUAUAGUUGCGGUAAGUCAUCCAAUUUGAUAAUUAUCAGCGAGCAUAAAAUUUCUAACCAAUAUAAGACUGAAAAUCUAUGUGAAAUUCUUCCUGAAAAUGUGCCAAAUUUAGAGUCUGAAGAUCAAUGUAAUGAAAGUUUACUAUCAAAAGAGUCUAAUGCAACUCUUAAUGCACCAAAAUAUAUAGACAAUAAAAAUAUAAUCAAAUCAACAUUCAUUAAACAAUGUUCAAAAAAAUGCAAACAAAAAAAAUAUAUUUUCAUAAUUAUCAUUAUAUUGUUACUUAUUUUAACAAUUGGUGUUAUUGGAAUUCUCGUCAAAAUAUCUUAUCUAUCAACAGCUAUUGUGCCAGGGGUAGAACAACAGACAAACGCAUCUUCAAAUAAAUUUGAACCUAAAAUGCCUUUGUUCAGGCCCAAUGUCAAUCUAGAGUAUUCAGCGAAUCAUUCUUCAGUUUAUUCAUCAACAACUCCAGUGUCUCAUGCAGAUCGUGAAAAAGAAAUUCAAAGUUUAGUUGUAAACAGAAUAAGUAGAAAAAUAGGUAGAUAUUGGGCAGAUGUGAGUAGAAGAUUAAAUAUUGAAGAAGCUUAUAUAGAGGAUAUAGAAAAUAGGUACAUUGAAGAAACUCAUAGUCAUGAAAAAAUGUUUAAAGAGGCACUUAAAAUAUAUUUUUCUGAAAAAAACUCUAAUUGGAAAAGAGAUUUGAUGACAGCCUUAGAAUCCUCUAAACGAAAAGAUUUAAAAGAAGAGGUUGAAAAAAUGGUUUACUGAUACAAAGGUUCAAAAACAUUUUGAAACUACAUAUUUAUCUGCUUAAAUAAGUACCUGUCAAUAAAUGCAUUGUUUGUUGCAGUUUGUAUUGAUGCAUAAAUAUUUGUACAUAUUAGACUGCAAGUAUUCUUUGCAAAAGAAAUAUUUGUAUGAUUGUAUAGUUUUUAUAAAACAAAAAAUAACAACAGCUAUUUAUACAAAGAAGUAUAUUUAUUCGCAGUACUUUCAAAUAUACCUUACAUAGAAAACUGAAUUACAUAAGUUUUAUGAAAAUGGAUGUUUAGUAUAUCUACUCAGUAAUGUAGCAUGCGAGUAACGAUAGAAUGAGCAGAUUGCUGUUUUAUUUGAUAUAAUUAGCUAUGAAAAAAAA